AGACUUGCGCCAUUUCCUGUGAGGAGACAAGGAAGUUGUAGUUAACUGUUUCGCGGGAGGUCUAUUCUUCAGCUUACUUACAUCAGUGCACCCGCCGAUUAAUGGACAGCGAGGUGCUGAGAGAUGGACGGAUUUUAGAUCUAAUCGAUGACGCUUGGAGGGAGGAUAAACUGCCAUAUGAGGAUGUGACCAUCCCUCUGAAUGAGCUUCCGGAGCCAGAGCAGGAUAAUGGAGGAGCAACAGAGUCUGUUAAAGAACAGGAAAUGAAAUGGGCUGAUCUGGCACUGCAGUAUUUACAUGAAAACAUUCCUUCAUCGGGCAGCUAAAAGCAGUCAACACAGUAUAGAUUUUUUUUGUGUACAAGCUAAAAUGUCCAGGAAUGUUUUUUUCUUAGUGAGCUAUGUUUCCAAAGAGUUAAUAGAGCCACUAAAGCAUUCCAUAUUGUUAGGCACUUUUUCUUUGGUGGGGUGUUCUCAACUUUGGACAAAUAAUCUCUAGUAAACUAGAGUAUUCGAAUAUAUACGAUGUUCAAAUGUUAACUAACAAGUAGAGUAAUAAAUACAGCAACAAAACGUGUGAUAGCACUUUUAUAUCAGUGUGUGGCACUACAAGUUUUAAAGUAGUACUAAAAUAUGUCCUAUUGGUCUAUUGUUUUUUUAAAACUCAUAGAUUUUUCAAUAAAUUGCAAUUAGUCAAAUUUCGAGUUCAUAGGAGUUUCCCAUGAACUCGAAAUUUGACCCUAGAUAAAUCUGCCUCUAUCUGUUAGUAAAUAUCAAGUGACCAGAGUUCUAUAUAAUUUUUUGCUUGAAGGAUUUUAGAGCCCAAUAACCAUUUUUUCGUAGUAGUACUAUGAAAACUACUACUAUAAAAAAAAAAGUAGUUAACAACAUGUUAAUGGUACAUUCAUAGUCAGAAUAGGUUGUAAAAAGAAGGUCCAUUUAUCAACAUUCUAAUGUUAAAGGUUUUUCAAACCACAAAUAAGCAGAUUUUCUAUAAAAUUACAAAUGCCAAGUAAUUUAUUAACAAAACAAAAAAAAGUGCCAAUACAAUGAAUUUCACCACGUGCUGCUCAGUUCUGAUCGUGCAGUGAGAGAUUUAUAUGUUCACAAGUAUACAUCUUUCUAGAAGUCAGCCCUUAUCCAAAUUAAUUUAGUAAGGUGCAAGGCACUUUGAGAAAAGGUCUGAAACUUUGUUAUUGCUUAGGUCACAGCCCUCUUCACUGAACUAAAGACUUUUUUAAAGAAUAUAUCCAGUCAUACCUUCUAUUAUUGAAAAUGUGGAUAUACACAACAUAGCUGCUUAGAACGUUUUCCUGAUAGCCGUGCAGCAAUAUGGAUUUUAUAUGAAUCUGGUUUUCAAGAAGUAAUAAACCUCCUAACAA